GAUGGCGGUAGGUCAUGCGUUCAGGCGCUCUCGCAGUUUUCAGCUAUUUCUUUCCCUUAUCUUUACUGGGGAGAAGUUGUUUUCACUCUCGCGAGACCGCAUACAUCUGAUAAUCAUGAUUUUACACGGUUUCCUCUUCAUGGAUCGUCGAUUGGAUUGUUUGAACGAGCUGUCGCCUACAACCAAACACGAUGCAGCCGCCAUUACACACCAACUAUCAGUCGCAAAGGGUUUUCAUCCUCGAGAGUUGCCUACUAUCCAAACUCCGUCUCAAGCUUCCAAACAUCAUUUCUAAUGAGAAGUGGUGAUAUUAAUCCAAACCCUGGCCCAGUUAACUCCAGCGCUGCAAACCUGGAGCCACGACAAGAUGGAUUUAACCUCCGCGGGCUCCACACAUUUUAUGCAAACGCUCGCAGUAUCGUCAACAAACUCGACCUACUUGAGUUGGAAAUGUCUCAGAGGAACUACGAUUUAAUUGUACUAACUGAGACGCAUUUGGACCAUUCCAUUCUCGACUCCGAAAUUUUCCCUUCACACUACAUUGUCUUCAGGAAAGAUCGUACGACCAAUGGCCGUCAUGGCAGUGGUGUGUUAAUUGCAGUUCGAGAUUGCAUUCCAGCUACUCUUCGCGUAACUCAUCAGUGUGAGUCUGAAUUCCUUUUCAUUGACUUGCUCUUCUCUCACGAGCAGCGGAUAACCCUUGGUGUGUUCUAUCGGCCCCCUGGAGGAGAUACAAAG